AAAAAUAGGGGAGCUCUAAUAACCUCUAAUUGUUUGAAAUUGUUAUUCAGUCCUUCUAAAUCAUACCGUAUUGAAAUAAAGUAUACAUAUAAACAAUAACAUGGAAGAAAUUACAUCUAAUUUUAACGUGAAUAUUAACAGAGACUCGAGCGAUUCACACGAAUCUUUUUAUGUCAAAUUUGGAACCGGAAUUGAAAUAAAUAAUCUCGAAUUGAUACCUACAUCUGAUCAAAGAAAUUCUGUACCAGAAGAUGUUCCGAGAAAAGAAAAAGUUAAAUAUCCAGAAAUAUUAUCGAGAACAAUAACCGAUUAUCAUCAUCAUCGUUGUUACUGUCAACACCAACAACCUUUUCCUUUCGCAAGAAGAUUGUCCAGAGCUGAAAAACAAGAAGAAUGGAAGCAAAUGGGCUCAGAUGCUUUAGCCACCGCUUUAUCAGCCCUUUACGGAAAACUAUUGGUAGUUAUGGGUACGGCAUUCCCAAUGGCCGAAGUGAUAUCUACCUACAUUCCUCCAUCUUUUUACGAAGCAUAUUAUUUGUAUCUUUACAUUGGCAGUAUGUUUUUCCUUUUAUACAUGUAUAUUGUCUUGGCUAAGGAUAAAAGGAGGAUCAAGAAACAAAUGAAGCUGGUUCCAACUGAAGAUAAAGAAUCUCAUUUUGAUGACGAUGAUGAUGAUGAUGAUGAUGACGAUAAUGAUUCGAACGAUACAACGUGUUCUCAAGCUGUCCCUUACAGACAAAGAAAAAUGUCUAUUUCUUUAAUUGACAGUAAACACAACCACUAUGGUAGCUUUUAUUUGAGAAUGGGAGCAGUAGCUUUCGGGAUAGGUAGUAUGAUAUAUUCCGGACUAGAGUUUGGGCAAUAUUUUGAACUAGAACGGGAUACGAAGUGUCAUAAUGUUUUAUUGGCACUAACACCUGCUACAAGAAUGGCAUUUAUUUUUAUACAAAUGUAUUUUAUAUUCUUAAACAAUGAGCAAAUAAGAGUUUAUAAGCAAAAACUGGCAGCCCGAUUUGGUUUGAUGCACAUGAUCGGCACGAAUCUAUCAGUAUGGUUAAAUGUGCUGGUUCAGGAAACCAAACAUGAAAUACUUACGUUUUAUGAUCCUGAAAAUAACACUCUAAAGAUAUCCCACCGUAUACCCUACAAGAGCAAUGUCUUAAACAGUGCUCUUCCUCACCCGUUUAACCACCGUCCCGAAAAUGCCACCAACACAACAUCCCAUCAUAUUGUUACUAGAGGUUUAAAAGGCCCUCACCAUCUAUACGAAUGCAGAAGAACCAACAUCAUAGGAUCGCUAGUACAAGAUGCUUCACCGUUCCUCUUCCCUUGUACCAUAGAAUACAGUCUCAUCUGCGCAGCCAUCCUCUACGUAAUGUGGAAAUGCAUAUCCAAACCACCCCCAACAGCAUCCGCAGCUGCCAAAUUAAAAUUGGAAGAAUUGAGUAAACACAAAAGAAGCCCCCACCAUUACUCUGUAGACUGCGCUAGAGCCCAAAAAGGGCUGUUUUUAGGCAUACUAUUGCUGGUUCUAACUAUUAUAUCUUUAAUAUUAUUUUUUGUGUUGAUAUCCCGCGUAGAUUUUAUAGGUCUAGCUGUUAUAGAGGUCAAUAUUUGCGAGCUGACUCUAUACGGGCUUACAACGUUUGCUUCCAUCAUAGGUAUGUGGCAAAUGAGGAAUUUGAAAUACAAUGCAAGCAAAAAUCUUCAUUUGGAUAAUAUUCUACUAAUAGGAGCUCAGACCGGUAUGUUUAUAUACAGUACUUUCACGAUAAUUGGCGGGCAGUUCACUAUACAAAGAAGUACCGUUUUAGUACUGAUAACGGCUUUGUGCUCUUUACUACAAACUACUUGCCAAACUAUAUUCAUCCUAGACGCUUCUAGAAGAACUUGUUACACUACUGACCAGAUGAAAAAGAAGCCUGGAAGGCAAAUAGUCACGUUUUUGCUCAUUACGAAUCUCGCUAUGUGGGCUAUUAAUACUCUCGAAAAAUCUAGAGCUGAAUCUCAUCCUAUACAGCUCCAUUUUUAUGGACUGUGGGCUUGGACUAUAAUAACACAUGUGUCAAUGCCGUUAGCGAUAUUUUAUAGAUUUCAUUCGACCGUUUGUUUGUGUGAAAUUUGGAAAAGAACUUACAAAAUGAAGCCUGCUUAUUUGUAAAAUAAAGUUAAGACAUUAUACGGGGUACCAUUUGGGAACGCGAGACCGAGACAGACGACAGGCUGCAUACACUGAUGUGUUAAAAGUGCUGUCGUUUCUCUUGCACCCGCGCUGUCCGAAAUGUGCUACAUUUAAUUACAUCGUCGGCUUGAGAUGCAAAUGGUCCGACUCCACUUUUUGCUCAAAAUGGUAUUUUAAGUUGAUCACGUUCAUAUAAAAAUUAAACUUACGAAACGUCAAAAAUGCCGCCGCAAAACUCGAGUCGAAACUGACCUAUCUCUCGUUUAUUCUAUAACAGCCUAAUUAGGCUUUCACUUUCUAAGUUGUUUUUUGCAUCUCCUGAAUAAUUUUCGAUUUUGGAGUUGGGUCAGUUACAUCUUAAGUUGACGACAUGUGAUUCAGACGUAAGAGACACAUUUCGGUCUCCUUACUCGGUCACUUAUCGCCUGUACCUUAUACAGUGUGUUUCAACACUUCUCGCGUUAAACUGGUUUAUGUUCUGGGCUGAAACUAGGGUUACCACCAUUUUGAAAAGAAGUGUAAAAAGGACUAUGAUGCCGAUAGGAGAUCAUGUAUACAAAAGAGUCUCAAUCCUUCUACUGAACUUCUAAAACAAAAAACAGCUCGACUGUGUCACAAAAAUAGUGCUUUUGCUUCUACCUAGCUUCAAAAAAAAAGGUCGACGACUGUUUCACAAAAAAGUACUAGUCCUUCUACCAAGCUUCUAAAAAAAAAUGUUCUCAGCUUGUAUAUUUUUGUACAAGCCAGGUUCCUCAAAGGUAUCAAAGAGAGUAAAACAGGACAUAUGCCAUAAAAAAGGACAUAUUUUAAGAUAUAAAAAGUCGCAGGAUAUUUUGCUUGAAAGAGGACUGUCCUUUUCAAAAAAGUGUAAGUUACUAUCAAGUUAUAUCCUUUAAAUUUAAAUGUUGUAGUUUAGCUAGCCGAUCACCAUACUCAUUGUUUUGUAGGGUUGGUGGUAUUUUGGUGACUCCUUUGUACUCUUCCCAUCAGUUCAAUGUCUUCAAUAAAGUAUGGAUCUCAAACGGUCUUAUGUAAGUUGUGUACAGUUUUAGGAUCAUGGAUCAUAUCUUCGGAAUGGUCUUUAAAAGCUCUUUUGAUAAUGUAAAUGAGACUGUUGACUUUCUAUAUUAGCCGUGUGGGUUUCCCAUUUUCAGUUUAUAGAUAUUACACCAAUAUCCUUUUGUGUUUCGACUGGAGUGAUUGCGUUUUUGUAUCUAUGGUGUACUGUGUGUGUGGGAAUUAUUUGGGCCAAUAUGCAAUACUGUACACUUAUUUAUGUUGAGAGGUAGUCCAUUGCUGAAACCAGAUUUUCAGUUUAUACAAAUCUUGUUUAAUUUUGUGAGAGCUUUCCAGUAGUUUGCAGUAGAUCUUUCCCUCGUCUCCAUAAAAGUUGGCUUCGGACUCGAUGAUUUUGCAUAAAUCGCUGGUGUAUAAAAUUAAUAAUAGGGGACCCAAGACCGAAGCUUGCGGCACUCCACUUUUUACUAGGUGGUCGUUUGAUAGCUGUCCAUUUAUUCUUACGCAGAACUGCAGGUUGAAUAAAAAAACUUUUAAUCCACAAUAAUGCCUCUUAUUUCAAAGUAUUCAUAAACUCCGUUACUUCUUUUUCAUUGCUUUGCCUAUACAUAGCUUGUAAGACUGACUGCGGACGGUAGUUUAUGGGGUGUUUUUUUAUAUAUAGGAGUGACUAAUGACUAUAGCCUGUUUUCAGUCCAUUGAUGACCCUUCCUGUUUUUGCUUAUAUAGAGGAGUCGUUCAUAACUGUCGCGAAAAGAUUAAUUAUUAAUAUUAGAACAUUUUUUAAGAAAAAUGGGUGAGAUUUCAUCUAUUCCAGGACUUUAAUCUUGUUUAAGACUAUCUAUUGCAAAUUUAACUUUUCUGGGAUAACUUCUAUAUUUACUAUGCUACUCUCAACUCUUUCUGUUGCAGUUAUUUGCGGUGAUUCUGUAUCAGUUUCUGUUGUACAAGCUGCACUGAACUGUUCUGCAAAUAUUUCUGCUAUCUCAGCUGGUUCUUAAAUUUGUUUGUAGGGUUGCUUAGCGUGAUCUGAGUGCUGUUUGUAUUCAGAAUUCUUUUUACAUAGGAGUAACUUUUCUUUUCGCCUCUUCCUAAUCUUUUCUAGAUACAGCCAAUACAUUUUAAAAAUGUUUGUUCUGAUUUCUAUAUACAGCAUAACCUUCCUCAGUCCUUGUUGACCUGUACCUAUGCCAUAGGUUUUACAUGAAAUAGUUUUUAGUUCUAUUGCGUUAAAGCUAGAGGGUACUAUUACUUACUUAAGAGAUAGAAGAUAUCUUUGUUGGAAUGUAAAAUUGUUGCUAGACGCAGGUGUUCUUUUAUUUAUAGAUCCGGUUUAGGUAUGAUGUUUAAUUGAAGAACGUAUGUCAAUGAAAUUUAAUUGCUCACCUACUUAAAUUGUAAUUUUCAUCAUCAUUCCCUAAUUUUACAAAAAAAUUAAUUGCUUUGCAACCCUGAAAAUUUUUUUUUUAUAUAUUUUAGGGUAAAAUCUUCAAUUUAAAACAUUAAUUUUUAUUUGACCCUGUAUAUCCAAAAAUAUUGUUUAAAUACGUAUAACAAAAUACUUAUGUUUAUAAUACAAAUUGAAUUAUUGAGCAAUUUCACAUUAAUGGGGCACCCUGUAUAUGUUAAUAAACAUCAAUAUACCGUCUAGUCAAAGAGUUGUAUUAUCUGUAUAUGAAUUAUUCAUUAGUAAAUUCAUUUGACUGAUUUUUCUGUAUUCAAAUUCAAGAAAUAAAAAUGAAUUAUAUAAUAGGUAAUCAUUAAAAAUGAAUUAACAAGUACUCUAUUUAUUACCAAUGCAUAUAUUUAUGCAAUCUCUGUAAUCAAUAAAU